AGCGUGCCAGAUCCCGGCCAGCAGCAGCAGCAGCAUAUAUCACACUGACAGCGUGCAGGAUGUCCUAUGAAGCUCUCUGUAGCAGCACAGCCCACAUCCCAGGCAGCAGUCUCCUAUCCUACAGACGUAAACCAUUGGUUUUCUUGGUUGCGUGACUUAAGAGAUAGAAUGACUGAACCAAAGAUCCCCGAUGUGAAAGUUGAUAACAAUUACCCAGAAACCUUACUGGAUGAAAUACAAGAAGACAACACGGAACAAAUUGACAAAAAGCAACAGAAAGAAAAACUGAAGACUGUUGGUCCAAUUCAAAUUUUUCGAUUUGCAGAUGGGCUGGAUAUAUUCUAUAUGAUUAUUGGAUUCCUCGGAGCAGUGGUGAAUGGUGUCUGCCACCCUAUAAUGCUCAUUGUGUUCGGAGACAUGGCCGACAGCAUAGUAUGUUAUAACUCAUCCCUCCAAAAUACAUCUGAAUGUCUUCAGUUCAAACCACUGUCUGAGCAGAUGUCUGAGUUUUCCUUGUACUAUGUUGGAAUAGGAGCUGCUGUUAUCAUCUUUGGAUACUUCCAGGUCUCCCUGUGGGUUCUAGCUGCCGCCAGACAGACACGGAAAAUGAGGAAACUGUUUUUCCAUUCUGUAUUAUCCCAAGAAAUGAGCUGGUUUGAUGUCACCAAAUCUGGAGAACUCAACACUCGUCUUACAGAGGAUGUUAAUAAAAUCAAUGAUGGAAUAGGAGAUAAAGUUGGCCAUCUUGUACAGAAUUGUUCAACAUGUGUGGCAGGACUAGUGAUUGGGCUCGUUAAAGGUUGGAAACUCGCACUGGUCAUCUUGGCUACCAGUCCACUUGUAGCAAUUUCAACUGCCAUAUGCUCCAAGAUGGUUGUAUCACUGACAAGCAAGGAGCUCUCAGCUUAUGCAAAAGCCGGGGCCGUGGCUGAAGAAGUUCUCUCCUCAAUACGGACAGUGGUGGCAUUUGGAGGACAAGAGAGAGAAAUUAAAAGGUACACAAACAAUUUGGGAGAGGCCAAACAAAUUGGGAUAAGAAAAGCUAUUACUUCUCAGAUGGCUGUUGGCUUUAUGUAUUUUUUUAUAUAUGCCACCUAUGGUCUUGGAUUUUGGUAUGGUACAACAUUAAUACUGGGAGGCGAAGGAUAUACCAUUGGAGAUACUCUUGUGGUUUUCUUCAGUGUGGUCCUCAGCAGUUAUUGCAUUGGCCAGGCGGCUUCUCACUUUGAAGCGUUUUCUGUGGCAAGAGGAGCUGCCUAUAACAUAUUUAAUAUCAUUGAUCAGACGUCCACAAUAAACAGCUUUUCAACAGAGGGUUACAAGCCGGAUAAUUUAAAGGGAAAUAUUGAAUUUCAAAAUGUGCGUUUUUGUUAUCCAUCAAGACCAAAGGUUCAGAUUUUAAAAGGAUUCAACCUGAAGGUUAAAUCUGGUCAGACGGUGGCACUGGUUGGACAAAGUGGAUGUGGUAAAAGCACCACAGUGCAGCUCCUGCAGAGACUGUAUGACCCACAAGGGGGCACGAUAGUGGUUGAUGGCCAUGAUAUACAGUCUCUGAAUGUCCAGUAUUUCAGAGAACUCAUUGGUGUGGUUAGUCAGGAGCCGGUCCUGUUUGCAACAACCAUUAAGCAGAACAUCAAAUACGGCAGGUUGGAUGUGACCGAUGAAGAAAUUGAAACUGCAGCUAAAGAAGCCAAUGCCUAUGAUUUCAUUAUGGCACUACCUGAUAAAUUUGAGACUCUAGUUGGGGAACGAGGAGCACAACUGAGCGGUGGCCAAAAGCAAAGGAUAGCAAUAGCCAGAGCCUUAGUACGGAAUCCUAAAAUACUUCUGCUGGACGAAGCCACCUCCGCUCUGGAUACUGAGAGUGAAUCUGUUGUACAAGCGGCUCUAGAUAAGGCCAGUAAAGGACGCACCACUAUUGUCAUUGCUCAUCGUCUGAGUACAAUUUGGACAGCGGAUCUUAUUGUUGUGCUAGAGAAUGGCGCUGUGGCCGAGCAAGGAACACAUUCUGAAUUAUUGGAAAACAAAGGAAUCUAUCAUUCACUGGCAACAGCUCAGUCCAUACAAACCGCAGAAGAUAGUGAAACAAAGGAUAACGAUCAAGGAAAGCCAUCACUGAUACAGAGGUUGCACUCCAAUAUUUCCAAUGGAAAGUAUUCAAUGUCUGAAGCUGAAGAGGAAGAAGAAAUAGCAGAGGAUGAUGAAAAGGAAAAACUUCCUAAAAUUUCAUUUUUUAGGCUGCUGAAGCUAAAUAAAUCAGAGUGGCCAUAUAUCAUGUUUGGAACUUUUGCAGCUAUUCUCAAUGGAGCAGUACAUCCAGGUUUCAGUAUAUUAUUUGCCAAGAUUAUAGCUAUUUUUGGGACUAAUAAUCCAGAGCUAAUUCGAAAUGAAAUAAACCUUUAUUCCAUUAUAAUUGCUAUUAUUGGUUUGGCUUCUUUCUUUACAUACUUUAUUCAGGGUUUCAUGUUUGGGAGAUCAGGUGAAGUCCUCACCAUGCGGCUGAGGCAGAUGGCAUUCAAGUCCAUGCUUCGCCAGGAAAUAUCAUGGUUUGAUAACAAAAAACACAACACUGGGGCUUUAACAACCAAGCUUGCCACAGAUGCUUCUCAGAUACAGACGGCAACUGGCUCCAGACUUGGUUUGGUUGCAGAAAACAUUGCCACAAUGGGACUGUGCAUCAUAAUUGCUUUGGUUUUCGGCUGGGAAAUGGCUUUGCUGAUUCUGGCUUUGACCCCUGUCCUUGUGGCCACGGGUUUCCUUGAGACCAGAGCACUCGUUGGCUUCGCAAAUCGAGAUAAAAAACAACUUCAACAGGCUGGGAAGAUUGCAACUGAAGCAGUGGAUAACAUACGGACGGUUGUAUCAUUAACUAGAGAGGGAACCUUUGAAGAAAUGUACUCUGAGAGCUUACAGAAACCCUACAGGAAUUCUCAGCGCAAGGCUCAGAUAUACGGCAUCUGUUUUGCAUUCAGUCAGUCAUUCAUACAUUUUGCCUACGCCAUAUCUUAUCGAUUUGGAGCUUUAAUGAUUGAGUUGGGGAGGAUGAACUCAGAGGAAGUAUUUCUAGUGUUUUCCUUACUGACAUACGGAGCUAUAACUGUAGGACAGACCUUAUCCUUUGCUCCUGAUUACGCUAAAGCAAAGUCUGCAGCUUCCCAUCUCUUCCAGUUGUUCCAAAGUGAGCCAGCUAUUGACAGCUACAGCCCGCAGGGACAGAUGCCGGAAAAGUUUCAAGGAGAUUUGGAACUGCGUAAAGUUGACUUCAGUUAUCCAUCUCGUCCAGAUGUGCCCGUGCUACAAUUGCUAUCUGUCAGGAUAUACAGUGGGCAAACUGUGGCAUUUGUGGGCAGCAGUGGGUGUGGGAAAAGCACCUCUGUCCAGCUGCUGCAGAGGUUCUAUGACCCACACCAGGGAGCAGUGCUAUUCGAUGGGAUUGAUGCUAAAUGCUUAAACGUACAGUGGCUGCGAUCUCAGAUAGGAAUCGUCUCGCAGGAGCCGGUGCUGUUUGACUGCAGCAUUGCUGAGAAUAUCGCCUAUGGAGACAACUCCCGCGAGGUGUCAAUGGAGGAAAUACAACAGGCAGCAAUAUCAGCCAACAUUCACUCCUUCAUAGAGAGUCUGCCGGAGAAAUAUAACACUCCAGUGGGAGGGAAAGGAACUCAGCUGUCCGGAGGCCAGAAGCAGAGGAUUGCCAUUGCCCGGGCUCUUAUCCGUGUUCCAAAAAUAUUACUGCUGGAUGAGGCCACCUCAGCAUUGGACAAUGAAAGUGAAAAGGUUGUACAACAAGCACUAGACCAAGCGAGGAAAGGAAGGACUUGUAUCAUGAUCGCACACAGACUGUCCACAGUACAGAAUGCGGAUCUUAUUGUGGUCAUGAAGAACGGGAGGAUAAUAGAACAAGGAACUCAUCAGCAGCUUCUAGCCAAGCAAGGGGCAUAUUAUGACCUUGUAAAUGCACAGACUAUAACGUAAAUAUAAAUGUAAAACAAGUCUGGAUAUAAGUCCGCUGGUGCUCUAUAGUAGAGUGCACACUGUGUCAGCCUUAAGAAGAGAGACCGUUGCUGUGUAAAGCAAUGCAAUGAAUAGAAAUAAUGCACAGGUAUGUGUAUAAACAUCAGGUACAUCUGGUGUAAGGAAAAGAUACUACUAAGUACAAUUUGUGUUGGAGGUUACCAAUGUGAGUAUUGAGGCCCAACUGGUACUCAGCACUGAUAAAUGCUUCAGUCAUCGAUCUGAUACAUCUUAUUUGUAACUAGAUUGUGAAUCAACUAAUUAAUAGAAAACUUGUUAAAUAAGAA